GUGGUUUUUCAGGGGAAUUAUGAGUUGUGAAGAACUUUGCUAAUCCAUGCACCUCCUCGUUGUCUCGUAGAGCAGGAAAAUGGGACCAGGCCAAGCCAUGGAGAGUCUGCUAUCAAGCAUGAACUUCUCAAAUCACCACAAAACAGUGUCUAGAAGAUCUGUUCCAAGGGCCAACAAAUGCAUUCAAGUUAAUAUGGACUUGGAAGAGGAGAACCCCAGUGCAAACCUGAGCCUUUCUCCAACAACUGGCCUUUCUGGGAAGUCAGAGAAUUGUGCAGGGAACACAUCACCUUCCCAGAAAGAUGUUCUCUCUUCCUCCCAAGAGCAGCCUGUCACGCCAGCUCUGCUACCACAGCUGCCUGCACCUCCACCCUUACCUCCUGGGUGCAAGGUGCCUCUUCCCCCUGUCUCCAAGCUCCCAUCUCCUCAGCCAUGCAGCAGUCCUGGGUGCAGCCAUCCUGCCUGUGGAUGUGGGGAGCAGCCCCACACGAAGACCCCGACACUGAGGAUGAAGGUGCUCCACUGGCAGAAGCUCCCCUCUGACGUGGUGAGAGAAAGCCACUCCAUAUGGACUGCAAGGCCAAGAAGCAGCAAGGAACCUGUGGAACCUGACUAUGCAAGCUUGGAGCUUCUUUUCUCUGUCCCACCAACAAGAUCUACAGAGAAAACAAGGCUAAAGAGAAGGAAAACAAAAGAGAUCACAUUCAUAGGUCCAAAGAAAAGCCUCCUUCUGAGUAUAUUUCUGAGGCAAUUUAAGUGCUCCAAUGAAGAGCUUGCUGCCAUGAUUCAGAAAGGGGACAGAUCCCAGUUGGAUGCUGAAAUACUGAGACAGCUACUUAAACUGCUGCCUGAAGACCAGGAGAUAAACAGCCUGAAAUCUUGCAAAGAAGAAAAAUCACAGCUGGCAAAUGCAGAUCAGUUUUAUCUCCAUAUUUUGGAAGUUCCCAGAGGGAUGUUCCUGACAUCCAGUCUUCAGGAUAAAUCAUCUGACUACUAUUUGUAG